AAUUCCAAAUAAAAUGAAUUCCUCAUUUGAAUUUAAUUCAUGUCGCUGCCCUAGUCGUUGCAGUAUAAGCGGAAGUAAUUCUUCAAUUUCUACAGUGUCCCAACAAAUUAAUGGAAAUAGAAGCUUUCCAAGGCGAAUUUCUUUUCAUACCUUAGAACAAUAUUCACCUCUAACUGAACACCACCGCAAGUUAUCGUUCACAACUGCUCUGCAAAAAACUAAGCAAGGCUUGGGGAAUUUAUUUGCAGAUGAUGAACAAUCACCUGAAGACCUUAUUCAUAAUUUAUUUAGAGUUCCAAAUAAAUCAGAUGCUUAUAUUGGGAAAUUAAUAAUUGUUUGGAAUUUAAAAAUAUUUUUUGAAAUUAUUUUAAAGGUGUUGAAAAAUCAUGGACUUCAAAAGAACGAUCCAAGAUUUGCUCCAAUGAUGAGAAAAAUAAGUGAAAUUGAGAAUGAAAAAGAAGAAAAAAGUAAUGAAGCAAGAGACCCUAAACAUUGGAAACUUAGCAAAAAUGAUUUUAAACGAGUGAUUAGCGAAUCGAUGUCUUUAAUUGUGCAAACUAUUCAAGGAGAUUUGAUUGUCCCUGCUUGGGCACAUUUUACAAAAAUUAUAAAAGAAAUCUAUGAAGAGUGUAAGCCAAUAACUGAAGGUAAAGUAGCUAAUUAUAUUCCUCAACUUGCUCGAGUCUCGCCUGACAAUUGGGGUGUUGCUAUAUGUACUGUUGAUGGUCAAAGGCAUUCUUUUGGAAAUAGCAACAUUCCUUUCUGUGUUCAAAGUGUGUCAAAAGCAUUUAAUUAUGGAAUUGCGGCAUCAGAAAUGGGUGCUGAAUAUGUACAUAAAUAUGUUGGACAAGAGCCUUCGGGACGUUUAUUUAAUGAAAUUUGUCUUGACUCGAAUAAUAAACCACACAAUCCAAUGGUAAAUAGUGGUGCUAUAAUUGUGACUAGUCUGAUUCAAAACAAGCUAGAUAUGGCCGACCGUUUUGAACAUAUGAUAAACGAGUAUAGAAAAAUUUCUGGAGGAGAAUAUGUUGGUUUCAAUAAUGCAGUAUUCCUCUCAGAAACGAAUACCGCUGAUAGGAAUUAUGCUCUUGCUUAUUUUAUGAAGGAAAAUGGAUGUUUUCCACCAGGAACUGGAAAUCUUAAAGAAGCUUUAGACUUUUAUUUCCAACUCUGCUCUUUGGAAGUUACAUGUGAGGGAAUGGCUGUUAUGGCCUCAACAUUGGCAAAUGGAGGUGUUUGUCCUCUCACAGGAGAACGUUGUAUUGGUUCUCGACCAUGCCGCGAUGUUCUUUCUUUGAUGAACUCGUGCGGAAUGUAUGAUUAUUCUGGCCAAUUUGCUUUCCACGUAGGAUUGCCUGCUAAAUCCGGUGUUUCUGGCGUCAUGAUAGUAGUUGUUCCAAAUAUAAUGGGAAUUGCUUUGUGGUCACCAGCUUUGGAUAAAAUGGGGAAUUCAGUAAGAGGAGUAGAAUUCUGCAAACGUCUUAUACAACGAUUUAAUUUCCACAACUAUGAUUCUCUAGUUCAUAGCGAAUCUCCAAAGUUUGAUCCACGUGCGCGAGUUGGUGAACGUGAAAAGGCUGCAGUAGUUUCUCUUUUAUUUGCUGCAAAGGCUGCUGAUUUAAACACAAUCCGUCGUAUGUAUAUGCAGAAAGUUGAUUUGGAAAUGGCUGAUUAUGAUAAGAGAACAGCACUUCAUUUAGCUGCUUCUGAGGGUCACUUUGAUGUUGCUCUUUUUCUCUUAGAAAUUGGGAAGGUUAAACCGGAUCCGAAGGACCGGUGGAAUAGAACACCAUUAGACGAUGCUCGCUCAGCUAAGCACACUUCUGUAGCUCUUCUAUUAGAACGCCGUAUGUGUGAAUUACAACAAUGCCAACCUCCAACUAGAAACAAUCAACAACCUUUAGAAGCGUUACAACAAACCCAGCCUCCAAAAGUUGUUCGAAAAUCAAGUUCGAUGCAAGCUUUGACCAAUAAUAUAUCAAAUAAAGAACAAAUAUCAACUGUCGCCUCCUCAAUUCAACAAAAAUCUUAUAACCAAAAUAGCCCUAAUGAAGGUGUAAUUUUGGGACAAAGAGAACAAUUACUUUCCCAAAGAAAAACUUCCGACAUUCAUUACAACAAUCAUGAAGACUUACAAAUAUAUGGAGAAGGUUCUUGUUCUUCUGCAACCUCAAACACUGCUAUUACUUCAGAGGAGAUUAAAUCAAAUAAUUUUAAUAAUUCGAAUGAGCAAUGUUGCAGGAAGGAAUCGAGAAAAAAUUCUGUAAUUUCGAGGGGAUUUGAUUCAAUAAAUGAUGUGAUUUAUGGACCUAUUACUAGAAGUAAGUAUAUUGACGGUUAA